AUGGUGCCCUUUGAGCCUCCUGCUCGGCCCCUGGUCGGCCUAUACGGUUACGACAAGAUCGAGACGACCCGGGGAGGCUUUUGGGCCGGCUUUCUCUACUACCCGCUGAAAAGGGAAGUGUGGUUCUCACCUCUAUCCGCCCUUGAGAUCCGUGACGCAACCCAUGUCCCGGUUGCAGACAAGCCGGAGCGUAAGCUCUUUGAAGGCACUCAUUCAGACUUCGUUGCCCGUAUCUGGGUCAUUCGUCAAGACCGGGAUCUGCCUCCCGCUCAGCCUCACCAUCGAUGGGUCAAGGUCAAGAGCGACCAGCCUGGAGAUCCUCGCUAUACUGGGGAAAUCGAACUCAUGUGGUCCAUCGUAGUCCACAGAGUCCUCAAACAAACUCAAGGCGAGACCCCUUACGAGCUCCGAGUAGCUCAAUUCUGA